CCGCCGCAGCCGGCAAGCACCGCGGGGUCCCGGGCGGCGCGAGUUCACUCUCGCCUCCGGGAUGAUUGGCCAGAAGACCCUCUACUCCUUCUUCUCCCCGAACCCCGCCGGGAAACGACGUGCCCGCAGCCCCGAGCCAGCCGACCCGGGGACUGGCGUGGCGGCGGUAGCUGAGGAGAGCGGGGAUGCGGCGGCCAGCGCCGCCAAGAAGGCCCGGGCCGGGCAGGAGGACCCCGGCACACCGCCCACCUCGCCGCUGAGCCCCGAACAGUUGGUCCGCAUCCAGAGGAACAAGGCCGCCGCUCUGCUCAGGCUCGCCGCGCGCAACGUGCCCGUGGGUUUCGGGGAGAGUUGGAAGCAGCAGCUCAGCGCGGAGUUCGGGAAACCAUAUUUCAUAAAGCUCAUGGGAUUUGUUGCAGAAGAAAGAAAACAUUACACUGUUUAUCCGCCCCCACACCAAGUCUUCACCUGGACCCAAAUGUGUGACAUAAGACAUGUGAAGGUUGUCAUCCUGGGGCAGGACCCAUAUCACGGACCCAAUCAAGCCCAUGGGCUCUGCUUUAGUGUUCAAAGGCCCGUUCCACCGCCACCCAGUUUGGAAAACAUCUAUAAAGAGCUGUCUACAGACAUAGAUGGUUUUGUUCAUCCUGGUCAUGGAGAUUUAUCUGGGUGGGCCAGACAAGGUGUUCUCUUACUCAACGCAGUCCUCACCGUCCGGGCACAUCAGCCCAAUUCGCAUAAGGAGAGAGGGUGGGAGCAGUUUACCGACGCGGUCGUGUCCUGGCUGAAUCAGAACUCCAGUGGGCUGGUCUUCCUGCUGUGGGGCUCCUACGCCCAGAAGAAGGGCAGUGCCAUCGAUAGGAAACGCCACCACGUGCUGCAGACCGCGCACCCCUCCCCGUUGUCGGUGUACAGGGGCUUCUUUGGAUGUAGACACUUCUCUAAAACCAAUGAAUUGCUGCAGAAGUCUGGCAAGGAGCCCAUCAACUGGAAGGAUCUGUGACCCUGAGCUGGGGGGGAGGGGGAUGGCUGUCCCCAGGCAGUUUUCUAGAAGCUGCUAUUGAAGUUAUUUGCCAAGAGUGGUGGCAGAAGCUCUACCCUUUGCAACACGGUUUUGGCCUAAAAUAUACCAUCACGGUAUUUGGGAGAGAGAGGAGGUCAAAUACUCCAUACGCCGCCUCUCUCCGUCAUUGUUAACGGUAAAAUGGGACAGGGGACAGAAGCACCUUGUAGUACAGCCCGCUGCUCCUUGUUUUUAGCUGGCAAGUUAGACUUUAGGUUGUCAGGUGUUGGGUGUGUUUACUUAGCAAGGCCCUCCUUUGCCCAGCUUGGUGUUCCCCUUCUUGGCCAAGCACACUGCUCCCUGGAUCUGCCCUCCAGCCCUGAGGCCCCUCCUUGAAGGAAGGACACGUUGCAAGUGCCCAGAAGUUUAGGGCUGAAAUGUGAUCUCCGCGUGAGCCUUCACACAUGGAGAGGGAAGGGAGCUGGGGCAGGUAUCCAGUCCUUCUCUGGUGUUCCUAGGAAUAAACCGUGGAGGUUGAACUGGAAGAAAGAGAAGGGGGAAGUUUGUUUUUUGUUUUUUUUGUUUUGUUUUUUUUUUUAAAAGAGGAAAUGCUUCUCUUCCCUGGUGUAUCAGGAGUUGGGGGUUUUAAGGCAGCUCAGACUCCCAGUUGCUAUUUUUUUAUGGACUGAAAUUACAUGGACAUUUUUUUUCCAACACUGGUGAAUUCUGCUGUUUUAAAAAUACUUAAGAUGUAUAUAUAUAUAUAUUUUUUAAAUCCUUUGUUGGGGAGACAGUCUCUUAGGUCUGCACCUCUGUCCUACACCCUGUCAGAGAUGCUGUUGAUAUGUUAGUGUUUGGGGGGGUUUAACCCCGAGAGAGUUUGGGAAUAAAAAGAUUGUUGAAGUUUC